AUGGUGGUGACCGCGUCUGCCCGCGGCAGCGGCGGCGGUGGGGACCGCGCGCCCUCCCGGCGGUCAGGCUGCGGGCUCGCGCGGGCCGGGGCCGCGGCGCUGCUGGUCGGGGCGAGCUGCCUGUGCUACGGCCGCUCGCUGCAGGGCGAGUUCGUGCACGACGACGUGUGGGCGAUCGUCAACAACCCCGACGUGCGGCCCGGAGCCCCGCUCCGAGGAGGUGUCUUCUCCAACGACUUCUGGGGCAAGGGCAUGGCCGAGAACACCAGCCACAAGUCCUACCGGCCGCUGUGCGUCCUCACCUUUAAACUGAACAUCCUUCUGACUGGCAUGAACCCCUUCUACUUCCAUGCAGUCAAUGUGAUUCUGCAUUGCCUUGUGACUGUCGUGCUGAUGUACACCUGUGAUAAGACCGUCUUCAAGAGCCGGGGACUGGCUUUUGUCACGGCGCUGCUCUUUGCCGUCCAUCCUGUUCACACCGAGGCGGUGGCUGGAAUUGUGGGCAGAGCGGACGUGUUGGCGUGCCUGCUGUUCCUGCUGGCCUUUCUGUCCUACAAUAGGAGUCUGGAUCCGUGCUGUGCUGGUGGAUGUUUCCCUCCCACGGCCUCGCCCUUCUUCCUUGUGCUCAGCCUGUUCCUGGGGACCUGCGCCAUGCUGGUGAAAGAGACUGGCCUCACGGUGUUUGGCGUGUGCUUGGUGUAUGACUUGUUCUCCAUCUACCACAAGCAGGAGAAGCCGAGCAAUGGGAUUAUCCCAUCCUGCAGCCUCCAGCAUCCUGGGAGCACCCGACCAGCUCACCUGCACCGGGAGAAUGGGAAGCAGCCCCGGCUUCCUCCCAAAGGCGCCUGGGGUGGCUGCCACUCCCCGCUCCCACCGGAACCCCAGAGCAGUGGAUUCCUGGGGUCACCACAAGCCGUGUGGUCCCUGAUGAGGUACCUGACAGCGAGCAACAAUAGAAAUUUCCUGCUCACCAUGAGACCGUUUUUGAAAAGGGCUGUUUUGGUCAUUAGUUAUGUCAUUGUCAUUUUGUACUUCCGUCUGUGGAUCAUGGGAGGAUCCAUGCCCCUGUUUUCCGAGCAGGAUAACCCAGCUUCAUUUUCGCCUUAUAUUCUCACAAGAUUCCUUACCUAUUCCUACCUCUUGGCCUUCAAUGUGUGGCUUAUGCUCGCACCUGUUACCUUGUGCUAUGACUGGCAAGUGGGCAGUAUUCCCCUGGUGGAGACCAUCUGGGACACGCGGAACCUAGCCACCCUUCUCCUGGCGCUGGUGAUGGCUUUGCUGACGCUGCACUGCUUAGCAGCCUGCAAGAGAUCGGAGCACGAGGAAGUCUUAGUGGGCUUGUUGUUCCUGGUCUUGCCGUUCAUUCCAGCCAGCAAUCUCUUCUUCAGGGUGGGUUUUGUGGUGGCCGAAAGAGUCCUUUACAUGCCUAGCAUGGGCUACUGCAUCCUUUUUGUGCACGGACUGAGCAAGCUGUAUACCUGGCUCAACCGAUGUGGGGCCACCACCAUGAUUGCGUCCACUGUGCUGCUGCUCUUGCUGUUCUCUUGGAAAACUGUGAAACAGAAUGAAAUUUGGCUGUCCAGAGAGUCCCUUUUCAGGUCUGGAGUUGAGACUUUACCCCAUAAUGCCAAGGUUCAUUACAACUAUGCCAACUUCCUGAAGGACCAAGGUCGGAACAAGGAAGCCAUCUACCACUACAGGACCGCCCUCAAGUUGUAUCCACGCCAUGCAAGUGCCCUGAACAACCUUGGGACCCUGACGAGGGACACGGCGGAGGCACAGAUGUACUAUCAGAGGGCGCUGCAGCUGCACCCCCAGCACAACCGGGCUCUCUUUAACCUGGGCAAUCUGCUGAAGUCCCAGGAGAAGAAGGAGGAAGCCAUCCGCUUACUGAAGGACUCCAUCAAGUACGGCCCCGAGUUUGCGGACGCGUAUUCAAGCCUGGCUUCCUUAUUGGCUGAGCAGGAGAGAUUUCACGAAGCUGAAGAUGUCUACCAGGCUGGGAUCAAGAACUGCCCGGACAGCUCAGACCUGCACAAUAACUACGGCGUGUUCCUGGUGGAUUCCGGCUCUCCGGAAAAGGCCGUAGCCCACUACCAGGAGGCAAUCAAACUCAGCCCAAGUCAUCACGUGGCCAUGGUGAACCUGGGCCGCCUCUACAGGUCCCUGGGCGAGAACAGCAUGGCGGAAGACUGGUACAAACGCGCCCUGCAGGUGGCACGCAAAGCCGAGAUCCUGUCCCCUCUGGGAGCGCUGUAUUACAACACCGGCCGCUACGAGGAGGCUCUGCAGGUUUAUGGGGAAGCUGCAGCCCUUCAGCCUGCUCAGAGGGAACUGCGCCUGGCACUGGCACAGGUCUUGGCCGUGAUGGGUCAGACCAGGGAAGCUGAAAAGAUGACCACUCACAUCGUGGAAGAGGACAAGGAAUGCCUGGAAUGCUAUCGCCUCCUAUCCGCCAUCUACAGCAAGCAGGAGCGCCACGCCCAGGCCCUGGACGCCAUUGACAAGGCGCUGCAGCUGCAACCCCAGGACCCCCAUGUCGUCUCUGAGCUCUUCUUCACCAAGGGCAACCAGCUGCGGGAGCAGAACCUGCUGGACAAAGCGUUUGAGAGCUAUAAAGCUGCGGUGGAAUUGAAUCCAGAUCAAGCACAGGCCUGGAUGAACAUGGGCGGGAUCCAGCACAUCCAGGGAAGCUACGUAUCCGCACGAGCUUAUUACGAGAGAGCCCUGCAACUGGUUCCAGACAGCAAGCUGCUGAAGGAGAACCUGGCCAAGCUGGACCGUUUAGAGAAACGAUUACAAGAGCUUCGAGACAAGGAUCAUACAUAGCAGCAGCCAGGAGUAGCACUGUGCCUCCAGGAGAGGGGAAAAAAAAGUGAAAGAGGCUAGCUCUCUGGGCAGCAGGUGCGUGCCGUCUCCCGCCCAGGAUGCCGGCAGAGGACAUGAAUCUCCAGGAAGGAAAUUGGAAGGAUCCAGCCACAGCUAAAAGGUUCUAGCCAGGAGAAAACCACGACAGGCUUGAUGAGGGAAUCAUUGCUUGCUCUUACUUCAGAGUUCCCUGGAGGCUUCUAGGCUCUUGCAACGUGGAAAUCGGCUUCCAUUUCUUCGUUCGGACUUGCACGCCCCAGAAAUACAGGAGCUUUGCAAUGUAGUGAAGUAGGAUGCGAUGUUUUGAGGGGGAAGCACCCUCUGGGGGAAGCUGUGUGGGCAGCGCCCCCUAAGAGGCAGCCUGUGUGAUUCUCCACAGUCAGGCAUGGGUAUCUAAUAGCUUUUGCAGAACCUUCCAGAAUAGGCAGGCAAAAAAAAAAAGCUAUUGUUCAUUGAGCUUUAUCUAAAUAUCCUGCUAAGGAUAUUGCUAGAGUCCUACAGAGGAGGAAAUUGAUUUCUCUUCGAAGUGUAUCCCGUAGUUUAAUACAGCGUGAGGGGGCUGUAGGAUUGAAUGUGGAUAUCUUUAUCCCUAGUGGAAAAUCAAGGAGCUUGCACCCUACUUGUUCACAGAAAAGAAAUGUUUUAAAAUUAUCUUAAUUUUAUUACAAGUAUUACCGGAGUAGUGCUCCUACUCUCAGAUUUCAAAAGUGCAUUUAAAGUCUUUGAUGUUCUUGUCUUCAAAUAUAUUGUUAUUUUGGUGAAGAAAAAGAAAUAGUAUAUUCUAUAUUAAAGAUAUUAA